GCCGCCUCGUUCUCUCGCUUUCUUCCUUCCCCUCCCCCGACUACUACUACAACUACUCCAUCGUCCCCAUCGCCCAUCAACUUUUCUUCCCCGGACGGUACUAUUCCGACAUUGUUUGAUUGUGGUGGACAGAACGAUAUUCAGAGUGAGAAAAAAGAAACGAAGAAGACAGCACACGUGCUGGACCGCUCGACAAUUGAGUUACUUUUCUACGGCAACCCACGCAUUCGACCGUUUGUGAACGUCGUUAUUUAUUUCGAACCGUCACGCCGUCAACCCCCCUACCAUAAUCCAUCGAAUCGUUUGGCAAAGUCUGAAGUCUCGAGGCCAUUCCUGCCUCAAAACGAUCCACCAUGUCCGAAUUCAAUGGCCGUCGCGCCCCCAACUUCUCCCAAUACCUCGACGACUUAAACGCAAUUCCAUCGCCCUAUGACCAAGCCGUCCAGCAGCAGCAAAAGCAGGACUCGUUCAACCUCGAUGCUGAACUUUCGCUCUUCACCAACGCCGAGUUCUUUGAUUUCGAUCAGUUCAAUUUGCCUACGUUCGACUCGGUGGACAAUGACAAGUUGAAGGAUAACUCGAACAAUGUGGAGCAGAACCCGGAUCUGAAGUUCUUGGAUUUCCUCAAUGAUGGUUUGAACAACAUGAGCAAUGAUUUCUCAUCCACGAACUUCAACAGUGUCGGCACCAACAACUCUGCCGGCCAAUCUGUAUCCACACAGAAUGCUCCGUUCACAAAUGUCCCCUCGGUCUCGAACGGGCUUCCUAACGUGAACACGGCUGAGUUCUCCAACCAGUCGUCCCCGAUCUCCCCAUCUCAGCCAUCUGCUCCGGCUCAAGAAUCCACACCGGCUCCGACUCCCAAGUUGUCUGCCUCUACUGCCACCAAGCGUAAGCCAAGCCACAAGCCAACUCCGAUGAGCAUUGAAGAAGCCUCACGCAAUGUUGCCGAGGAGGACAAGCGUCGUCGUAACACCGCCGCCAGCGCUCGUUUCCGUGUGAAGAAGAAGAUGCGCGAGCAAACCUUGGAGAAGACAGUAAAGGACACUACAGAGAAGAACGCCGCCCUCGAGGCCCGGGUGACAGCCUUGGAACUGGAGAACCAAUGGCUGAAGAACCUGAUCACAGAAAAGAACGGCAGGACUCCUGACGAGGGCAAGACUUCGCAGAACGACAUUGCAAGUAUGUUCAAGAAGUUCUUGGCCGCUCAGAAGAAUCUGUCAGAGAGUAGAGAGGUCGGGACAACAAGUUCGUGAAGAUAAAAGAAAAAAAAUUAGGGCUGUCAUCUCAUUUCGUUCAUUGUUGCUCGUUAAUAGUCUAUUUGGUGUUCCUAUUCUGUUCAUAUUCUGUUUCUAUUUUCUUUUAUGUAUACCGGUUGGGUUAUUUGAUUUUUUUACGAGGCUGGAGUCUGAUGGAGCGGAGCAAGGGGGAGAGGCCUUUUCCUUUUAAUGAUUGAUGAUUCCCAUGUUAAGUUAUUUAGAGCUACAGAGUAAAUACUCAUGGCUAUGAGCGUUUUUGAGUUUAAUACAGUGAACAUAAAAAAAGCAUACAUUUGUCCUCUGAACUUGAACCGUCUUGGGCUCACU